UAAGAAAUGGAUGAAAACCAAAAACAUUACAUAAAGGAAGGGGAGAACUGAAGAACACAUAUACAUAGAACCAAAAACAAAAAGAUCACAUGGGUUCUGAAAAGCAAGGGUUUAUAUGGUUAUCAGGGCUUUUGUUUCUGAAUAUCUUUGUCUUAUCCACAGCCGAUGUCCACUAUUACGAGUUUUCUUUGCAAGAAUCCCCGUUCACAAAGCUGUGUAGCACGAAGAUCAUCUUGACCCUCAAUGGCAGCUUUCCAGGGCCUGAGAUUCGGGUUCGCAGAGGGGACACAGUUUUUGUCAACGUCCACAAUCAAGGAAACCAUGCUGUAUCCCUCAAGUGGGAGGGAGUUAAGGGUUCAAUUGAUGGUUCGAAUGAGUUGAUUCAGCCAGGGAGAAACUUCACUUACAAGAUAGAGUUAAAGGAUGAAAUAGGAACUCUGAGGUGGCACGCUACCAGUGCUUGGGCUGCUGCAACCGUCCAUGGUGCCUUUGUCAUUUUGCCAGUAGCCACUGAAGACUAUCCUUUCCCUGCACCUACUUCUGAUCAAACAAUUAUACUUGGGGAAUGGUUCAGGGAAGAGUUAACGGAAGCUAAUCAAACCAUAACUCCUGGCUCAGCAGAUGCUUACACUAUCAAUGGCCACCCCGGAGAAACAUAUGGAUGCAGCAACGAUACAACUUUUGAGAUGCAAGUAGAUUACGAGGGCCUUUACCUUGUUGGCGUAAUAAAUGCUGUUGCCAAUGAAACAAUGGUGUUUGACAUCGAAAACCACAGAUUGACCAUUGUCGGACAAAAUGGGACCUAUACCAAUCGUUCCUUUACAAAUUCUUUAACCCUAGCCCCAGGCCAAGUUAUUGACGUCUUGUUGCUUCCAAACCAAAAUGUUGGCCAUUAUUACAUCACUGCUCGAUCUUCCUCCGGCACACAUAUUACCAAUGGAAUUCUGCGAUAUACCACCACUACCACUAGUUUUUAAUAUGGGUAAAUAGUUUCCGUUGCUAAGAAAUAAUAAUAAGGUUAAUGUUGAAAUAAGAGAUUAAAUAUAAUGUGUGUAUGUUGGUUUAUAAUUUGUUGUGAUCGUUGUUUGAACGAUGUGUUUUGAAUGUUGUAAUGGGAAGAUGUUCUUUAACUAAAA